CUCCUCACUCUCUUCGCACAAACGGCUGAUUUCCGUUUCCUCAACUGAGCAAGUACAGCAGUAGAUGGAUUGAAGAUGGCGGCGGCCGAAUCUGAUCGUGAAGUACCGUCUGCACUCUGUCCAAAAUUCGUCAAUUUUUCUGCCAAGGAUACAGCUUCGAAAUGGCUCCAAGUGUCAGACCUGCCCAAGGAGGUAUACCAGCACAUGGCCCUCUAUGUGCCCCAAAUCUACUGCCUGGGCCCCAAUCUGAACCCCCAGAGAGAGGACCUGCGGGCCCAGCUGCUCCUGCAGGCUCCCUUGGAGUGGUACCUGUGUGGGGAGGACCCCUCCACAGGCCUGGCCAAGCUGCAGCAGAGCAACCAGCCCUCACAGCUCUGCGGACAUGUCUUCAAAGUGGGCGAGCCCACCUACUCAUGCAGGGAGUGUGCCGCUGACCCCACAUGUGUGCUGUGUAUGCAGUGCUUCCUGGGCAGUGUGCACAAAGAACACCGCUACAGGAUGACUACCUCUGGGGGAGGGGGCUUCUGCGACUGUGGAGACACGGAGGCCUGGAAGAAGGGCCCUUACUGUCACAAACACGAGCCCAACAUCAGCGACGCCUCUCAGGAGGACCCGCUGGCCCACAUGUCCGCCGACAUGAUCGCCCGCUGCUACAACGUCUUCUCCAUCAUCCUGAAGUACGCCGUGGACAUGCUCACCUGGGACAAGGAGGACGAGCUGCCCGAGGGCCUGGAGCCUCCAGAUCGAGGUGACACCUACUACUGCAUGCUCUUCAACGAUGAGGUGCACACGUACGAACAGGUCAUCUACACCCUGCAGAAGGCGGUCAACUGCACCCAGAAAGAGGCCGUCAGUUUCGCCACCACGGUGGACAGGGACGGACGUAAAUCAGUGCGCUAUGGGGACAUCCAAUACUGCGAGCAGGCCAAGUCAGUCAUAGUGAGGAACACCAGUCGUCAGUCCAAGCCUCUGCGGGUGCAGGUCAUGCACUCCUCAGUGGUGGCUCACCAGUGCUUCGCUCUCAAGGCCCUGGCCUGGCUGGGACACGUCAUAGGAUACUCAGAUGCCCUGCGGAGGAUCUUGUGCCAGGUGGGUCUGCAGAGAGGGCUGGAGGGGGAGAACUCGUCGCUCGUGGACACCCUCAUGCUCUGUGACUCCAAGAUGUGGAAAGGAGCCAGGAAUGUCUACCACCAGCUCUUCAUGAGCAGCCUUCUCAUGGACCUCAAAUACAAGAAGCUGUUUGCCAUCCAGUUUGCAAAAAAUUACCGGCGCCUCCAGACAGAUUUUAUGGAGGAUGACCACGAGCGUGUAGUGUCAGUGACCUCUCUGUCAGUUCAGCUCUUCACCGUCCCCACCAUGGCGCGCAUGCUGAUCACCGAGGAGGACCUGAUGACCACCAUCAUCAGGACGUUCGUGGACCACCUGCGCCACCGAGACCUGCAGGGCCGCUUCCAGUUCGAGCGCUACACGGCCCAGCAGGCAUUCAAAUUCAGGCGCGUCCAGAGCCUCAUCGGAGACCUCAAAUACGUCCUGAUCAGUCGGCCUAAUGAGUGGAGCGACCAGCUCAGGGAGAAGUUCCUGGAGGGCCUGGACACCUUCCUGGAGCUGCUCAAGUGCAUGCAGGGCAUGGACCCUGUGGUGAGGCAGGUGGGCCAGCACAUAGAGAUGGAGCCAGAGUGGGAGGCGGCUUUCACCCUGCAGAUGAAGCUCACCCACAUCAUCUCCAUGAUGCAGGAGUGGUGCGCCACAGACGAGCGUGUGCUGAUUGACGCCUAUAAAAUGUGCCUGGCAGCCCUCACCCACUGCCACAGCGGCUUCACAGACGGGGAGCAGCCCAUCACACUGAGCAUGUCGGGCCACUCGGUCGACACCAUCCGCUACUGUGUCUCCCAGGAGAAAGUCAGCAUCCACCUCCCAGUGUCCCGCAUCCUGGCCGGUCUCCAUGUUCUCCUCAGUAAAUCGGAGGUGGCCUACAGAUUCCCUGAGCUGUUGCCCCUGAGUGAACUGAGCCCCCCCAUGCUGAUAGAACACCCCCUCCGCUGCCUGGUCCUCUGUGCCCAAGUGCACGCUGGGAUGUGGAGGAGAAACGGCUUCUCGUUGGUCAACCAGAUCUACUACUACCACAACGUGAAGUGCAGAGUGGAGAUGUUCGACAAGGACCUCACCAUGCUGCAGGCUGGGGCCUCCAUGAUGGACCCCAACCACUUCCUGAUGAUCGUGCUGAGCCGCUUCGAGCUCUACCACAUCUUCAGCUCGGCCGAGUGCAGGAAGAGAUACAACCGAGAGAACGCCAACAAGGAUGUGAUCCAGCAGAACAACACACUCAUAGAGGAGAUGCUGCACCUCAUCAUGAUGGUUGUGGGGGAGCGCUUCGUGGCCGGCAUCGGCCAGGUGGAGUCAUGUGACGAGAUCAAGAGGGAGAUCAUCCACCAGUUGUGCAUCAGACCCAUGGCCCACAGUGAACUGGUCAAAGCCCUCCCGGAGAACGAGAACAAGGAAACCGGCAUGGAGAGAGUGAUUGACUCGGUGGCUUCGUUCAAGAAGCCCGGCGUGACGGGCAGGGGACUCUACGAGCUCCGGCCGGAGUGCGCCAAGCAGUUCAACCUGUACUUCUACCACUACUCCCGCGCCGACCAGUCUAAGGCAGAGGAAGCGCAGAGGAAGCUGAAGAGACAGAAUGGAGAGGAUACGGCCCUGCCUCCUCCGGUGCUGCCUCCCUUCUGCCCGCUGCUGGCCAGCCUGGUGAACGUGCUGCAGUGUGACGUGCUGCUGAGCAUGCUGGGAGCCGUGCUGCAGUGGGCCGUGGAGCCCAGCGGGGGGCACUGGUCCGAGUCCAUGCUGCAGAGGGUGCUCCACCUGAUCGGCAUGGCGCUGCUGGAGGAGCAGCAGCAGCUGGAGAACAGCAGCGAAGACCACGACGUCACCUUCCACUUCACCCUGAAGAUCUCCCGCCCAGCGGAAGCCCCCAGUAACACGGCCAGUAUCCUGGCCCUGCUAGAGACCCUCCAGAACUCCCCCCACUUGGAGGUCCACAAAGACAUGAUCCGCUGGAUCCUGAAGACGGUGGCCGUUAUCAAGACGAUGAAGGAGAGGACCGUGGCUGCGCCGGUCACAACCAGCGGGGAACGUUCACAGGAGGAGCUGGUCCCGGACAAAGACAAGGCGGAGCGCAAGAGGAAGGCAGAGCUGGCCCGCCUGCGCCGGGAGAAGAUCAUGGCCCAGAUGUCUGAGAUGCAGAGACACUUCAUCGACGAGAACAAGGAGCUGUUCCAGCAGAGCCUGGAGGAGCUGGAGGCCUCCAGCUCCACAUCCAUGGAGCACAGCCCCACCACGCCGGACGCGGCGCUGCUGUGCGUGGGCCCGCGGCGCUCCCGGCCCCUGGAGAAGCGGCAGGUGGUCACCUGCAUCCUGUGCCAGGAGGAGCAGGAGAUCCGAGCGGACGGCAAGGCCAUGGUGCUGGCCGCCUUCGUCCAGCGCUCCACCGUCAUGUCCAAGAACCGCAAGAGGCCGCCGCACGACCCCGACCGCUACGACCCCCUCUUCAUGCACCCGGACCUGUCGUUUGGCACCCACACGGGCAGCUGUGGCCACAUCAUGCACUCUCACUGCUGGCAGAGGUACUUUGAGGCGGUGCAGGCCAAGGAGCAGCGCCGGCAGCAGCGGCUGCGGGUGCACACCAGCUACGAUGUGGAGAACGGCGAGUUCCUGUGUCCGCUGUGCGAGUGCCUCAGCAACACGGUCAUCCCCCUGCUGCCCCGCCGCGCCAAGACCUCCAGCAGCUUUGAGCAGCCUGGUCUGGAGCUGUGGAUGAAGAGCACCGGUCAGCAGGUCCGAGCCCUGCACUCGGCCCACAGGAAACUCAACCCAACCAGCACUGAGGAGAUGGAGGAGACCAAACCAGAGGACGAGAUCCCUCCACCGGACGGCUUCGCCGUGGACCACACUCCCACGAACCCCUACUCCAGCACCAUCAGGGAGAUGCUGACCACGUUCGGCACGGCGACCUACAAAGUUGGCCUGAAGGUGCACCCCAACGAGCAGGACGCCCGCGUGCCCAUCGUGUGCUGGGGCAGCUGUGCCUACACCAUCCAGUCUAUAGAGAGACUGUUGGUGGACGAGGACAAGCCUCUGUUUGGAAGUUUACCUUGCAGACAGGAUGACUGUCUGAGUUCUCUGGCCAGGUUUGGCUCGGCGUGUUGGAUAGCGACGAGUCUACCGACCGUACAGGCCCACUUUAUCAGACUUCUAGCAGCGCUGGUUCCAGACCCUCAGGAGAAGGCUCCAUGUAUCCUGGACAUAGACAUGUUCCACCUGCUGGUGAGCCUGGUGCUGUCCUACCAGGCGGUGCACUGCCAGGACUCGUCAGGGCUGAGCAUGGACGCAGCCCAGCUCCACUUCCUCCACCUGGUCACGGUGGGCCACCUGGUCCAGAUCCUCCUCACCUCAGGCCCAGUGGAGGCGGCCAUGGACCAGGAGAGUGGAGGAGCGGAGAGGGAGGAAGAGGAGGCCAUCUGCCGGCUCUACAACACAAUCAGAACACACCUGGGGAGUUCUCUACCUGAGCUGACCUCAGGGUGGCACCUGUGGCGCUGUGUAAAGGCUGGCAUCCUGCCCUACCUGAGAGCAGCUGCCCUCUUCUUCCACCACCUCAACGGAGCCCCCACCCCGCCUGAGCUGCACGCGUUAGGGUCCGGGCAGUGGGAGGUGCUGUGUGGGUACCUCAACCUGCCAACCAACCUGUUGCAGCUCUACUGCAGUUACCAGGAGCUGCUGGAGCCUCUGCUCAAGGGGUGGUGCUCUCACCCAGACAUGAGGCAGACUCUCCAGGGAGGCGGCUCUCUCGUCAGUUUUCCCAGAGAAUCGAAUCGCCUCAUAGACCUUCCAGAUGACUACAGCGCCCUCAUAAACCAAGCCUCCAGCUUUACGUGCCCCAAGUCCGGGGGGGACAAGUCUCGUGCGCCCACCCUCUGCCUGGUGUGUGGCACCAUGCUGUGUUCCCAGAGCUACUGCUGCCAGACGGAGCUGGAAGGGGACGACGUGGGAGCCUGCACCGCGCACACCUUCGUCUGCGGGGCCGGCCUGGGCCUCUUCCUCAGGGUGAGGGAGAGCCAGGUUCUCUUCCUGGCUGGUAAAACAAAGGGCUGCUUCUACGCUCCGCCAUACCUGGACGACUAUGGGGAGACGGACCAGGGCCUCCGGCGGGGGAACCCCCUGCAUCUGUGCCGGGAGCGCUACCGCAAGAUCCAGAAGCUGUGGCGGCAGCACAGUGUCACAGAGGAGAUCGGCCACGCCCAGGAGGCCAACCAGACCCUGGUGGGCAUCGACUGGCAGCACCUGUGAUGUCAGCCUCCGCACCAGAGGUCACGCGCGUCUCCAGAACUCAGGCACGCCGGGGGGGGGGGGGGUCUGCACAUGGGGGAGAGCAGUUGUCAUGGCAACAUUGCUUCACCUCUCUCCUGCCUCCUCUCCCUUCCUCUGUCCUUCAAGUCAGAGUGGAUGAAUGCAUGUAGGUUUUUCUUUUUCAUUUUGCCUAUAUCUUUGGGAAAGAAUGUGCUCUUUUCUUUGUAAUUUAAGAAUUUAAAGGAGAAUAUAUAUGUAUAUGUGUGUAUAUAUAUACACACAUAUACAUAAAGCAUAUAGCAACAUUGCAGCAUCGGGUCACCACGGAUCGCUGGGUGGGACACAGUCACUUAACAAUGACUUCUAGUAAUGCUUUUUUCAUUCUGCUCAUCAAAAAUGUGAUUAAAUUAUUUCUGAGGUAGAUGGCUGAAGAAUUUGAUUAUUUACGUUGGGAUUUGCUUUGCUACUAAACGCUUUGUGUUUGUUCUGAGCGAGCACAAAUGUAACCCCUCGCAUGGCAGGCAGUGAGUCAUCAGGAUCGCAGGCCGUUCCAUUUCAAUUGGAAGUCCAAAUCCUGUCCCACCAGUCGAAAGGAGAAAUCCCCCUUGUAAAUGAAUGUAUGUUUCGGUGAUUAACCUGAUAUUUGGAUUUUCUGCUUUUAUUGAAAUGGAAUUUUUUUCUGUGUCGGUGGCCCUGCUGAGAUGUAAACAGACUUCUGUCUGAUAGUACACCACAGUACUCACGGAGCCUCCUUCUCAAAACAGACUUCUGUCUGAUAGUACACCACAGUACUCACGGAGCCUCCUUCUCAAAAUGGACUUCUGUCUGAUAGUACACCACAGUACUCACGGAGCCUCCUCCUCAAAAUGGACUUCCAAAAACACAGCACUCAAAGAAUCCAAGCCAGCGCUGGGAGAGCACAGACACGUGUGGCUGUGUUUGCGUGUUCAACUCCUGCGUGCCUGUGCGUCUAAGUGUGGGAAUCGUAACGGGUGUGUGUCGGAACGUGGUAGUGUUGCUUCAAGUUUUGUACGUUUGCGUGUCUUGAAUGUAUUCAGACUAAUCUUGUCCGUUUUUCCUUUUUGUAACACUAUUUAAGUGAUCCCUUAACUUACAGACAAGCCUUUUAUUUGCAAGGCUAUCCUCCCAUGUUUGGUAAAUGUGUGUGUGGUUGGUUGGAGAGCCAUGUGAUGUAGUUUACUUUAUAUCUGACGUUGAUGUUGUGUUUUGAUGGGGUGCGUUUGUUUUUGGCAAUUCUUUUUGUAUUGACACUUUUUUUUGAAGUUGCGCAGAAGCCUUUUUUUUCUGUACCAGAACUGAGAGAUUUCUCCCUUUACCCCUACUCUCUUUUUAUAUGAACUGUGAAGUUUAUAUCAGACGCGGGGCCAAGUUCCUUUCCUGACCCUCCCCCUCAAGUUGUCUCAGGCUGUAGCCAGACGACAGACAAGCAGAAAGCUGUGCAUUACAGGUGGACUGAUCCAGGUCCAGGUAUCGUCCACCAAGCUUGGUAACUGAACAAGAUGAUUUUUCGCAGGCACUUUAGAGACUCACACACACACACACACUUCUCAGAAGUCGGGUGUUACUCUCCGCUGGCGUAUUGACAAGGGGUCCCAAGCCUUCCAUCAGUCCUUUGGCAUGCACUGAUGCUCACAUCCAUCAACAAGCUCCCAAUAUCAAGGCUGCAUUGCUAUUAUCA